CUUGCCAAUUCAGUGUGCGUCCGCCCGAAGUUCAGUAUGAAGCUCCAAGGCGCGGGGGUGAUUUGUGUUUUUAUUCUGUUUGGGUCCAGCGGAUCGCAAGUAAGCGGUUCUUGCGUGGUCAGCAACACCGAGAGUCAAAAUGUUUACUGGUACCGUUGUUACGCUACGAAUAAUUAUUCGAUGGACAUCGAAGCAGCACCGGUUGAUGUAUCACGUGUGACCUUAAGUAAAUCAAGGAUACCGGUGCUACGCGAUAGAUCGUUUUCUCGUUUGAGCAGCGCUCUAGAAAAACUUGAAAUAUCAUUUUCCAACAUCGGAAAAAUUGAGGACAACGCUUUCGAGGGUCUUUCGAAAUUGAACACAUUGGAGAUCAAAAGCUGCAAUCUGGAGAUGGUGAAAAGUGCCUGGGUAAGAGGACUGACCAACUUGGAGACCGUGUCCUUCGUGGAUAACAAGAUCAGAAGCGUAGAACCAAAUUUUUUUUCGAUCCUGCCACCCCUCAAAGUAUUCGAUAUUGCCUUGAAUGAAUUGACUUGUCUCUCACCGAAAAUGCUCGGAAAUUUCAAGACCGAGAAAUUCUUCUUCCAAUUGAAUCCGCUCACUUGGGAAUGCAUGUAUGGGUUGGUGAAAUGGGUGAGAGAAAAUGACGUCCAAGAAUCCGAUUUUGAGAAAGGUAAUUUCGACCCAUCCGCGGAAGUCUUGUUGGUCUGCGAAGAGAAACUUUUGCAACAUCACGAACAGCUUAAUGGUGAGAAUAUGAAAAAAUGCAUGGAAACAACAUUGAACGGUCUUUUGCCCGAUAAAAAAUAUUACACAAUGGAAUAUUUUUGUGGAUUCCUCAAGAAACAUCCAUCCCCGUUUGUAAGUUGCCAUAGAGAGUAAUGACGCAUAAAAUAAAAUGACGAGUAAAAAAAAGACAUUACCUAUCUCAAACGAAAGCUCUUAAACUUUCAAAAAUGGAUUAAGUUAUUCUUAUUACUACAUGUCCAUUCGCUUUAUGAACGCUUCCGUUCUAAUAAUCCUACAAUUUGCUGGUUAAAAGAUUGACG